AUGUCUCAGCUCUCCGAAGUCUACCUAUCGUCUAGCUUCGAAACUCCAGACGGGUUGCCAUUAGACGCGCUCCAAUUCCUCCUUCCUGACGAUUCCCUCUCCCAAAGCAAAAGCCAGAGUCACUUCCAAUCUGAGAGCCAGUUUGAUUCAACCCUUGACCUUCCGGAUAACCGAGUUCAAAUUCGUGUGGCAUCUCAAGCCUCAGAUACCCUUCCGCGAAUCAGGCCCGACCGCAUUAACGAGUUUAUUAUCUGCACACCAGCGAUGUCUGCAGAAUUCGUUCAGUGGUGGCUUCACACUAACUAUGGCCGAGAGAAGACUAGUACCCACUUUUACCCAAAGAAUAUGGGAGUAGAAGAUUCUUAA